AUGUUUAAUUUUAAAUUAGUAUUAGUUGGACCAGGUGGUGUUGGUAAAUCAUGUUUAACAAUUCAAUUUAUUGCACAAAAAUUUGUGGAUGAAUAUGAUCCAACAUUAGAAGAUUCAUAUAGAAAGCAAACAACAGUUGAUGGAGAGGAGUGUUUAUUAGAUAUUUAUGAUACCGCAGGUCAAGAAGAUUUCAGUGCGGUUAGGGAUCAAUAUAUGCGUACAGGUGAGGGAUUUCUAUGCGUUUACUCAAUUACAUAUCUUCAAAGUUUUAAAGAGAUUCAUCGUUUACAUAAUCAUCUUUUGAAAGUAAAAGAUUUAGAUUCAGUACCAUUCGUAUUGGUAGGAAAUAAAUGUGAUCUCAAUGAAUAUCGUGAAGUUUCAACCGCCGAAGGUGAAGAAUUGGCAAAGAAGUUAAACUGUAAAUUCUUGGAAACCUCUGCCAAAGAAAGAAUCAAUGUUUCUGAAUCUUUUUAUGAACUUGUUAGAGAAGUUAAAAAAGCUCGUCAAUCAAAUCAACAUUCAAAUUCUCAAGAACAAAAUACUGAUCAACCAAUUAAAAAAAAGAAAUCUUGUAAUUUAUUAUAA